AUGGCCAAACCUUGUUGCAGAGCGGAGCGGAAUGGAGACAAGUGGCGGGCUGUAGAGGCCAUCGUCGGCCAUGGACUCCCUGGACUGGCCGCUCUUCGGCAACGACAGCAAUGGCAGCUCCCUCCCGGACUCCAGCUACGACGACCUGGCCAUCGACGAGUCCGAACUGCUCUUCGAGUUCAUCACCAACGGGGUUCUUCUCAACCUCGUCGGCAUCCUGGGCAUAAUGGGGAACAUCAUCAGUGCGACACAGUGCUCAUCCUCACCUCCAUGUUCCUCUUCGGACUUCCGGCCCUCUACAAGUACACCAGCACGCCCUUCCUCGCUGGCUACUACUUCCGGGUCUACCCCUUCCUGUCGCCCAUCGUCUACCCGCUGGCCCUCAUCGCCCAGACGGUCUCCGUCUAUCUCACGCUCACGGUCACCCUGGAGAGGUUCGUCGCGGUCUGCCACCCUCUGCAGGCGAGGUCCCUCUGCACCUACGGCCGCGCCAGGCUGUACGUCAUCCUCAUCAUCAUCUUCUCGACCCUCUACAACCUCAGCAGGUUCUGGGAGGUCACCCUCGAGACGGAGUUCAUUCCUUCGCUCAACAUGACCAUCUACACCCCCGUUCCGUCGGAGCUGAGGAACAACCACGUGUACAUUUCUGUCUACAUCCAUUGGCUCUACUUGCUCUUCAUCUACUUCCUGCCAUUCAGCUGUUUGGCAGUGCUCAAUGCCGCCAUCUACAGGCAGGUAAGGAAGGCGAACCAAGAGCGACAACGCCUCUCCCGGUUGCAGAAGAAGGAGAUCGGUCUGGCGACGAUGUUGCUCUGCGUGGUCUUCGUCUUCGUCUUGUGCAACAUUCUCGCUCUAGUGGCUAACGUCCUCGAGGCCUUCUACGGCAUCAUCCUCGACCGCAUGGUCAAGCUCAGCAACCUCCUCGUCACCAUCAACUCUUCCGUCAACUUCAUCAUCUACGUCAUCUUCGGCGAGAAGUUCAAGAGGCUGUUCCUCAAGCUGUUCUGUUCGCAGGUGCCGCGUGCCUGCUACGGCGGCCGGGACUCGCCGGACUGCGCCACUCUCCACGAGGACAGCGUCAUGUUGUCCAAUGGCGAGGCUCGGCUGCGGGCGAAUGGCAGCGUGAAGAGAGUGGCACGCGCGCUGCCAUGCGUCUACUACCCCGCGAGGCAUCAGGCAGCGAAGUGGCACCACGACACCACCACCACCACGACACUCAACCAGAUCUAGGCAGGCGAAAGCGUCUCUCGGGUGAAUAAGGCUUAAUGACUGUGUAAGAAAGUUUAUUCAUGUAUUUUAUAAAAUGCAUUGGGCUUUUCGACCAUCUGGGUCAUUUUCGCCGUAUAUUGAAAAUAUUAAUUAAACUAUUACUAAUAUUGUGGGAGCGGGGUAGCUCAGUGGGUGAGCACUGACUUCCAGAGCUCAAGGUCCUGGGUUCGAAUCCGGCUAAUGAAUAGUAAUUAAUCAUUAGCCGUGGAUCGACCCUGGAUCGAGAGACCCUCCUGGGGCACACCCA